AAAGAGAGAGAAAGAGAGGGGGAGCACUAAAACACACAGGCGUGCGCAAGCACAGACAGAAUCAAAUCUUUCCGCAGCAGGACGACAGGGAGAGAGGGAUUACUCCUGUUUAAGACUCUUCAUCCAUGCGUCCCGUGGUCCUACUCGCCCGGCAUCAGUCGGCACCUCUUGAGAUUAGAGGAGUGAGGUUUACUUGCACAGUGACUAGCUGACCUCCGUUACACUCACCCCCCUAAACCUCAGUCCCAUCCGGGUCACGGCCCCAUGUAACCUCUCACACAGGUCCUACUCGCCCCACUCUGCACGGGCUUCGAACCCAGAGUCAGACGCUCUAACAAGGAGGCUAAAGACUGCAGCCUCUAGCAACCUGCGCAGAAUGUGAAAGUCAAAAGUAGACAGCCUGGUGACUUUGUGAGGUGUAACUUCUUCAGAGGAGCGUCAGCAUGACCCCUCACAGUGAAGCUCUACUGCUUCUCUUCAGUUUCUCGCUGUGUGACAGUCUAUAUGCUGUAUCUUUAAAUAGAAAUGAAAGAGCUUGGGCCAGCACUGACCCAGAGCCAGCUAGCAGCUCACUGUGGACGUUCCUACCGAGACAAAUGGACACGACUACUCCAACCAUCCUCAGGUCAUCCCCAAAUGCACUACAAUCAGAGAAGUCUAGCAGAGACCUUGAGAUGGACCCUUUAGUUGAACAAAACCCCUAUGUCACAAUGGAUAAUCGUGGUUUCUCAAGACUUCCAGCCACAAAAACACCACUGAUCAAAUCUUUGACUUCCCCUAAGACUGAAAUUCCUUCAGACAUCCAGAAUGAUGAAGAAGGAGUUGAAACGGAAGCAUCUGAUUGGCCAAAUUUUAGUAAGCAAGGAAAUACUGACCAAUCACUUAAAUCUUCUGCACUGGUAACACUGCAGCCUUUGCCUUCUCAGGCCUGGAGUACAGAGUCCAAGACACCGAAUGCUUGGAAUACAGAGACUCAUACACCUCAGACUCAUGCUGAAACAAGAUUUCGCACCUACCAGAUGCUGUGGAAAUCCUCUAGUGCUACCCAAACACCAUAUGCCAGAGGAACCUUAGAUGGUACCACUUUGCCAAGAGGGCUGAUAGACUUUGUGUGGCCAUCUGAAGAAACAAAGGAUUUGACAGAUGCUCCUACAGACAGUCUGACAAAGCUGACUUUCAAUAUAACAAGAUCUGACCCUGAAAGAGAGGAACGUGAGGGUCCUGACCAAAUGAAAACGGAACAAAAUAGCCAAUCGACCACCACAGUGAUCAAGGUCACUGAAACCUAUCCUAAAGCAGCAUCUCCAGGUGGCGACUGGCGUGAGUCUUCCACACUUCCAGACUGCAACCUGUUUGGCAUUGGGAUCUGUCAGUCAUCUGACUCUUCGAAGAAUCAUGCUUCAACUAACAAAACUCUGUCUACUCCACCUCCUGUUUAUGAAACCACACCCUCUGGUGUCAUAACCCCAGCUCUCGAAGCCCUGACUCCGCCUCUGUUAGUCCCUCUACUGACUGACUGGAAUGCUGCAAUGGCAACGUGGGGCCUGGCCUGGGAGUUACAGGUAUACGGGCUUAGCUGCGUGUUCUCGCUUGUGGCUGUGCUGUCUAUGCUCAGCCUGAUGUGUUUACCGUUGCGCUGGCCCUCUGGAUGUGCCCAUUUCAGUCUCCUCCACCUUCUCCAGCUACUGACAGGUUCCAGCCGAGCCCUGUGGCUCCUCUACGAUCCAUACGGCCAAAAAGAGCGCCUUCCCGUCGUCUGGGCACGACUGCUUCACGAAGCUGCCUAUCCCUGUUUAACGGCAUCUUUUGGCCUUCUGAUGCUACUGCUAACUGCUCGCUCCUGUACCCAGCUACUUUCCCAGAACACCCUGCAGCGCAGCACCUGCCUGUUGGCUGCCCUAGUGCUGCUGCACAUAGCCAUAGUGAUGGCUUCCAUGGCAAUACUGCAACUUUUUCCCACCCUGCAAGUUGUGCCUCUAUUACCGCCUGCAGCUUUCGUCUUGAUGUCCUCUCUCCUGUCAUUCACGUACCUGCUUCUGUACUGCUGCGCCCGGCCAGACAUUAAGCACAUUUACAGGCUGAACGAGAGCUCUCCUGAGCGGCCAUCAUGCCAAGCAAGUAGGUGUCCAUUCACGGAAGCACAGAUGUGGGAAAGGGCAGCCAGGGCUGGGGUGUUCUCUGCCCUCUUUCUCUUAGCAUGUGGCAGUCUCCGACUCUAUGCCAUGCUCAACGCAGGAGGGCUAACUGGUGGGAUCAUGGUUGGCCUGAUGCCCUGGCCCUGGUGGGGAUUCCAGCUCAGCUGCCGAGUGUGUGAAACAGGGGUUUGUCUCACCCUCGCCCUUGUUAUCACUCACCCCCUUCUGUGUUGUGGAGUGCCCCGUUCCAAACCUGGUGGCUGCAGCUGGUUCUUCAAAAAGCAACCUACGGAAGGAACCACACUGGGAAAACCCAUCUUCUCAAGUCGGUGUGGCUGGUCACUACGGCCCGCCGAGAAGUUGGGGUUGUGUGAGGGAAUAAUACGGCGGGAAAGUGAAAGUGUGCCUCUCUACACCUUGGUGGAGCUUCCGCACAGCGAAUCUGAUGGUUUAGACCUCCACUAUCCCAGCAGCCCUCAGCAUGUGUCUUCCACACAGCUUUCCCACACCGCAAAGAAGAGCAAAGAAUCACAUGCAUCCUCCUUUGCCAGCUUGGACGUGGACUCCACAGCAGACCUUCGGCCUCCUUCACCCAUCGACCUGCGACGAAGCAUCGACGAGGCCUUGAACAGCGAGGCCCUGUUCCAGCAUAGCCUGUUUGGCUCCUCCAGGCUCUCUCUUAGCACACGCGGACCCCCGGAUGGACAACCUUGUUGGGGAAUCUCCAAUGACCCUAGCUUAUACCGCACUGCCUCCUGUGGGGAUGUGGACCCCGCUACUGUACCCAACCGACCCAGGCAAUGGAGCACUAUAUCUGGAAGGCCAGCUCAGGUCUCAGUCCAUUGCAGUGGGUUAAACUCAGCACAGCAGUCUCAGAGCAGCCAACGCAGGGACUCUCAGUCUGGGCAGCAACUCCACAGACGAUACACAGUCUUGGGAUCUACAUCCUCCAGAGGGAGCGUGGAUGUGGAGACAACUUCUCAUGUUGAUGAGCUUGCCGUUCAGGCUGAAUUCGUCAACGUCUGCAGGCAAAUAGAUGCACUCAGUAUCAGCAGUGAUACGAUCGACCUAUAGGGGAAGAAGUCUCUGAAUCAACUAACCCAACACCCUUAAGUAAUUUCAGCCCUAUCUACUCAAAUGUACAGAACUAUUCUUAAAAUAGAUGCUGAGAGGAAUUUCUGUUUUAGGAGACAUGGCAUGGACAAAACAACAAACAGCAACCACUGAAAGGCCGAUGUUCUUUCUUCAUCAAUGUGAGAAACUCCCUGAAACCCACAUCCCAUAUUUGAAAAAUUACAUAUAAUCUUGUUGAAAUUGCUUGACUUGAUCAAAAGACUUUACCUUUCAGCAAUAAAACUAGCACUUAUGAACAUGUUUUAUGAUGAGUCUUUGACUUUGCUAUUACAGCAUGGAUCACCUAAACACUCAGUGGCAACGUUACUACUGUAUAGAGACACAUGCUUAUAGAACUCAUUUGCAUUUCAUUACAACACGAUCAUAACACUUAUUUGUGGCAGCUUUGUUACUUGGGUAACAUUUUGUUCUCUUACGAGAGGUUCUUAUUGAGUAAGUUAGCUUACGCUAGAGGAAAGAUUAAUCUUUUCGAGAUAUUGAAGCCAAAAAAUUAUCCUUAAUUUUGUAUUCAUCGUCAACGCAGUGCAGCAACUUGCAGACCUAGAGCAGGCUAGUGUGCUUAUAGGCUGCCCUGCGGGAACUGCAGCAGCCUACUACUGAGCCCGACGUGACGUCAUGUCUAAUGAAGGGCGCUCACGCCUUCACAGCGUCUUAUUGUUGUUUCCCUCUCAAACGUGAUUGGCUUGUGCAGGUGCCACUGAUUGGGACAGCCUAUCAGCAAUCACCUUCAGCUUUCCGCCAAAGUCAACUCCAUGGUCAGAUUUAGAUAAGAGACAAAACCAUGGACGAAACAAUAGAUGGAAACGCAGCAGAUCCAUCCCAGGAAUGUCCCAGUCCAUGGCCCCACCUCGCCAGACUAUUUCAAUUUUCUGAAUUUUCUGAAAUUUUCUUAAAUGUUAAAUUAAGCAACAUGGUAAAAAGGUGAAAUGACUUGAUUUUGCAGCCCUUGUUAGUGGCCGACUGGUAUCAGCAGGGAUUGAUGAUGGGAGCUGUGUCAUAUGGAAAGGUCAUCUCGACAGAUGCGUCCAACUCAGGUUGAGGCGCUCUCUUCGAGGGCAGACCGGUCUUUGGCCAGUGGUCAGACCAGGAGAAGUUCCUUCACAUAAACUGUCUGGAAAUGAUAGCUGCCAAGAACGUGCUGAAGCGCUUCCUCCCGUUCAUAUAAGACCACCAUGUUCACCGUUCAGACAACAUGUCAGUGGUGUCCUACGUAACCCGUUAGGGCGACAUCAGAUCCAGGAACCUGAUCUGAUCUGACAGAGCGCCUUCUUACGUGGUCUCAGCAUCACCUGCACUCGCUGAGAGCUGCGCAUGUGCCAGGCAACCUGAACGACGGCACAGACAAAUUAUCCAGGGACAACUUUCCCCCAGGGGAAUGGUCGCUGCACCCCCAAACAGUCGAGAAAUUAUGACGCCUGUUUGGCAAAGCGGAAGUUGACCUAUUCGCGUCAAAAGACAACGCUCACUGCCCGAUGUUCUUUUCAAAGAUCGAGGAUGCGCUGGCCCAAAUCUAGCCCAAACCACCCUCUAUAUGCCUUCCUUCCGAUCCCUCUGUUACCACAAGUAAUCAAGAGGAUAAGGGAAAUGCACCACUUGGUGCUCCUUAUAGCCCCAUGUUGGGAGAAUCAGAUUUGGUUCCCGGAGCUGACAAAACAGCCAGAUGGGCGAUUCCGGUGAGAACAGAUCUCCUCUCUCAAGCUCGCAGCUCAAUCUAGCAUCCCAUUCCACAGUGCUGGUCUCUGCACGCAUGGUUGAAUCUCCUCUAUACACUGCGCACUCCACCCUUUUCAGGCACUUGGAGCAGCUUUCCGUUUCAUUCGGUGGGCGCACCAAGGGUCUCCCCGACUCGAAACAAAGCCUGUCCAGAUGGAUUGUGGACGCUAUACCAGCCGGUUAUGCGUCGAAAGGUCUGCAACGCCCCUUGGGCAUUAGGGCUCAUUCCACUAGAGCAGUGUUUCCCAACCCUGUUCCUGGCGG